GUUGUGGGAGUUCGAGACCGGCGACUUGAUUCACCCAAACAGUAGCCGCUUCCACCACCACCGUUUCUCUCUUCCGGCUUCCCACUUAAUUGUGACCUACCAUAAUGGACUGGGCUGCUGUACAUAAAAUUUGGGAUAGAUGGGCACCUAACCAUGUUGGUUCUUCUGGUCAACCAUUGAAGGCUGCUUUGCUAAUUAACUACGAUCCAACCGGACCCUCACGUCUGUUGUCUACCAUUGCAGAGCAAGAAGGGAUAAAAACAGAUCCCACUGAAUUGAGUUCCUUUGUCAGUUUUGUCAAACAAAACAAGUUCCAGACAGAGAGCUUCUUUAUUGGGCAAAACGAAUAUAUCGUCACAUCAAUUCAUGAGAGUUGGUUCUGUGGAAGGUGCAUGAAUUCUACAAAGCCUGCUGGUGAAGGUGCUAUUGUGAUGCAGACAACAGCAUUCCUCUUGGUUGCAUUAUACGAUGGAUCUCUUGGAUCAGCAUCUCGUGCAAUGGUUGCUGCUGAUCAGUUUGCAUGGCAGUUAGGUCGAAAAAAUUAUUGACCUCAUUGCAAGAAGAUAGUGCACAAAAUAAGUCUCUUGUAGGAUUAUGGGUGGACUUGAAGGGAACUUUAUCAUGUCCAAAAAUUCGGGUUUUCCACUCGAACUGAACAGUUGAAAGGAUUCAACGAGACAAAAACUGAUGAGGUUGAGCCUGGAUGA